UUCAAGCAGUCCAUUUCCCUGUCCAAGCUCCAACAGAGAGAGGGAGAGAGAUAGAGAGGGAGGGACAGUCAACUCUCUAAUGGACUCCAACAACAAUAACAACUACUCUUCCCCCUCCACCACCACCUCCUCCCCUCCCCCCCCGACCACCACCACCACCGACCCAGUUCAAUCCUGGUGGGAAUCAGUCUCCAAAGCCCGUUCACGCAUCCUCUCCCUCUCCUCAAUCCUCCCUUCACCCCCUUCUUCCUCUUCCUUCUCGCUUUCCUCCCUAGCCGACUCCGACCGCCCUGCCAUUUCCUUUAUCUCUUCCCCAGAAGCUUACUCUCACAUCUCCUCCUCCCUUUCUUCUCCUCUUUCCGGCUCUGGCUCCGAUCCCCUCUGCCAAUGGCUUUACGAAACUUACCUUUCCUCUGAUCCUAACCUCCGUCUCAUUGUCCUCUCUUUCCUUCCUCUUCUGUCUGGCAUUUAUCUCUCUCGGAUCCACUCUUCUGAUUCCUCUUCUGCUCCUUCCCUCGCUGGCUUCGAAGCUGUUCUUCUUGCCGUCUAUUCGUCCGAGGUUAAAUCUCGUGGCGGAAAGCCUGUGGUUGUCCAAAUUCCUCAUCUUUCUCAACCUUCUCUUUAUCACGUCCCGCGAAACAAGCCGCAUAAAUCGCAGGUUCAGGCUCCUUCUACUGCGGUUCUGUCCCCCCCACUUGAGCCCCAGAUCGCUAUUAAGUCUACUAAAAGGCCUGUCAUUGUUGGGGUCGCUUUGGACUGUUACUUCAAACACAUCUCACAGAUGCCCAGUUGGUCUAAAGUCGAAUUGUGCCGGUUUGCGGCCGCCUGGGCUGGACAGGAUUGUGCUUGCCAAGAUAAAUUUGAUGAAUGUGAUGAUGCUGAUUAUUUCUUGGAGGGAAGGAAUGCAAUGAUAAGCAUUAAUGGGAUUGAAGACAGCUCGGGGAUCUCUGAGUCUGAGCCUAAGGGAGUAAGGAUUCCUCUGCCUUGGGAGAUUUUGCAGCCAUUGUUGAGGAUUUUAGGGCAUUGUUUGUUGGGGCCAUUGAAUACACAAGAUGCUAAGGAUGCUGCUUCUGUUGCUGUAAGAAGGUUGUAUGCUAGAGGGUCUCAUGAUUUGGUUCCACAGGCGAUUUUAGCGACCAGGAGUCUAAUUCAGCUUGAUAAGAGAACGCGUGAAAGUGAAAAGGCAACAGCUGCAAAUACUUCUUCAAAUGCUAACACCCCCGCCAAAGCUAAGAAGCCUGAAAUUCUCCUAGUCUCAAAGUGAAAGUGAUUUGUUUUGGCUGCGAUUGGCGUGGCGGGUAACCUCUAGGUUUCUUCGGUACCUGUGACUAUGAGUUGAAGCUGGAUUACUCCAACAAGGGUUUUGUACCUUCUGAGGUGAAAAUGCUCGACAUUCAAAACAGCAAGAGAAUGGCAUCAAACAGCUAGAGAUGCUUAUGUUUAGAGGCGUACAUUUCAAGAAAGAUGAAUACAAUGAUCAUUAUUCUGUAAACAAAGCUGUUUUUGGUAUAUAUGUGGUCUUCUAUUUAAUGAGUUCUGUAGUUACUUUGUUGAAGGUAUGCAAAUAGUGAGGAGGACGUGCUUGGCUUUGUUAUUGUUGUUUUGUUGUAUACAGGCUUUAUGGAUUCCAAGGCUUGCGAGCCAUAGCUGCCACCUUUUAUUUAAGUUUCUGCGAUUUGAUUUCUUUUGUUGAUGUUA